GGGUGAAAAUUUUUCAAAUAGUUUUUUUCCUCUUCAAGUUUCAGUUUUACACAACAUGAAUAAUUUUUUAUUUAAAUCAAAGAAUCUCAUAGUCGUGGCUACGGUUGGCAUAACAAGUUGGUAUGCGGGAUCAUAUUUUGAAAGAAAUAAGGCCCAAAUCAAUCAAUGCUAUUGUGUAAGAGGCAAUGCUAGUAAUAAAAUAAAGCAUUUACCUGGCUUACCUGUUUUUGCCACUGUAUCAGCUGCUACAGUGAUUCAACCACCCCAUGAUUCUGAAAACCGCUUGGUACCAAUUGGAGAUCCUACAUCACCGAUGCUUACUGAGAGUUCAAAGUAUGGUUUUAUGGGGCUUGAUACAAUUCGUACCUUUGAUGAUUUUGUUCUUUCCUAUGACAGGAGAAAUAAAGUUCCAAAUUGGGUGUUUGAGCACUUGACAGCAGACCGUUUCAAUGCUGAUGGUAAAGUUGACAGAUCAAAAUGUGAGUUUACUGAAGAUGAAUUAAUUCACAAAUAUUUCAGGUCUACUAACAAAGAUUAUAAAGGUAGUGGGUUUGAUCGUGGUCAUUUAGCUGCUGCUGGAAACCAUCGUCUUACUCAGAGACAUUGUGACCAAACAUUUUACCUUAGCAAUAUCGCACCACAGGUUGGAGAUGGGUUUAAUCGCCAUGCUUGGAACAGAUUGGAGAAAUAUAUCAGAAAGUUGACAAGAUUUUAUCCGCAUAUAUAUGUCUGUACUGGACCUCUAUAUCUUCCGAGAGUUGAAGCUGAUAAGAAAAAGUAUAUUAAGUAUCAAGUAAUUGGUCCAAAAGAAGUUGCAGUACCAACACAUUUUUUUAAAGUUGUUGUCAUGGAAACCACUAAAGGGGAAUACCAUCUUGAAGCAUAUGUGAUGCCUAAUCAAGCUAUCGAUAAUGAAAUUCCCCUCACAUCAUUUCGUGUUCCUCCUGAGACUAUUGAAAUCCAUUCAGGUCUGCUCUUCCUUGAUAAGCUGCAAAAACAACGUCUAGUCAAAGUGAAUGGAAUAAAACAGUAAUUUAAACAUUAUAGAGAUAAUUUAUAUUCAGAAAUAGACUUUUGUUUUUCAUAACUAUGUAAAUAACAGUUGCUGUGUUGUUACAUCCGUCCAUUCUUUUAAAACAAUAUACUUGCCUAUGUUUUUAACUGUCAACAAUGUUCUUUUAUUUUAUUGUCCUGUUGUUAUAUUGAAUUAUUUUCUUUGAUGUAGUUUGAUA